AUGGAAGCCUUCGAUUGGAACGGCCUAUCCCGUGACACCCAAGGGAAAAUCGCUGCGCAGGUUGCUGAAAUGAUCCAAGAGAUGCACUCUAUUGAGCUUUUGCAGCCUGGCCCCACUGGUGGAGGACCAUGUCGGGGUCGGUUCUUCACAGAUUACAGCGCUGGGCCGUUUAUGGACACUGCUGAAAUGGAAGCUUGGUUUAACCACAAGCUCGAUAUCUGCAAGAGCGUCCAUCAAGCCCCAAAUGACAUCCCUCCAUUCCAUUUGACCAAGUUUGUUCUUACACACCACGACAUCAGUCCUCAAAACCUGAUCUUAGAUCAAGAUGAACAAGUGUGGUUGGUUGAUUGGGCAUAUUCUGGUGCAUAUCCUCCUGUCUUUGAAAGCGCGGCAUUGGCAAUCCAGCCAUUUUUCACUGAUUUCAAUAAAGCGGUGUUAUCCCUUAUUCCACGCUACCCUGAGGAGGAAAGGCAACUUGAUUCAAUUGCAUAUGGAUUAACCACCGCGGCAUUGGCCUAA